GUCGCCGAAGAUGAGCGCGAACAAUAUGCAGGCGCUCUUUGCGUGCUCCCGGUGCUUCUCCAGGCAUCCCUUCGAGGACCUUUCACCCGGACAACAGUUGUGCAAGGAAUGCAGAGGAGCCUUUCCCGUAGUAAAAUGUACAUACUGUAGAUCAGAAUUCCAGCAAACCAUAAAGGGUAACACGAGCACCAUAUGUAAAAAAUGUGAGCAAAAUGUAAAAUCCUAUGGCAAGCCAUCGGCUUGCGAAUACUGCAAUACCAUUGCUGCGUUUAUCGGUAGCAAAUGCCAACGGUGUACAAAUUCGGAAAAACGCUAUGGACCGCCAGUUACAUGCGAGCAAUGCAAGCAGAAGUGUGCCUUUGAUAGACAGGACGAAGAUAAGAAGGUUGAUGGCAAGUUGUUAUGUUGGCUGUGUACUCUGUCGUAUAAACGAGCGUUGGCGAGGACAAAGCAAUCAAACGCAGAAAGAAGAGCACAUAUGAAAUUGGCGCAACAGCGGGCUGCGAAGCACAAAGAACAAAAACUGAAAGGCCACAAUAAAAGACCACACAGAGUCGAUGUAACAAAGCUGCCGCCACAGUCAGAAGGUGGAGACACAAAUGGUCCUAUUCCUGUGAAAGCAGCAAGGAUGGCCGGCGUGCACGAUCCUCACGAUCCGAAUAGUUCAGAUCACGUGGUAGCGGUUACACAACUCAAAGAGAAGAUAGCGAAUCUACAAAAGCAAAUCAGCAUAAAAGAGAGCCAAUUAUUAGCAAAAGAUAGACAAAUCACUGAACUCAAGGCAAAAAACUUUACGUCCGAAACGGAACUUCGCAAUAAGAUGAAAGCAUCGGAGAAAGAGUAUGAGACAAAAAUCUCUAACAUGCAGCACAAGAUAUCUAGUUUAUUGAAAGAAGUAGCAUCAUUAUCGAAAACGUCCAAGCGAGGUGAUAGGGUAGCUGCUACCAAGACGGAAGCUGGGACCAACAGUGGGAGUGGAACAGACAGCCCCAUACCUUGAUAAAAGAAUUGGUUAGCUGUGACAACAUACUCAAAUGAUUGUACCCGUGUAAAUCAUGUGAUUAUGGAUAUAGUUAAUUGUUUUCAUUAACAAGGCAAAAUUGUAUUAUUUUUCUAAUUACUAUAUAGGAAUGUAUAUUAUUCUCUCAAUACGCAUCCAAAAAAGAUCGUACUAGUAUCUCCGUUUAGGGGAGAUUGAUUACGCGAGUGUAAAAUUUAUACAUGAUAAUUUAAAGAUACACUGUUAAAAAUAUGAAAUU